AUGUCGGCGAGGAGACGCCAAACAAAACGGCGACCGGCAUCGUCUGGCCGCUUUCGCAAGAAGCUGUUAAAUAAUCCAUAUGCACAAGCUCUUGCCAGUCCCAUGCGAACAUGUUCCGCAACACACACGAAGCUGCCGCGAUAUUUCCUCCAAGACUUCGAAAUGGUCAGGCAUCCAGAGACAGGCAAGCCUUGGUUUGCGCCGGGCCCGUUGAGCUUUGACUCAUCGGCAGCACCGUCUAACAAUCCGGAUGCCAUUACACAACCUGGGCCCGAAUCAACAGAAACGACGACGCGUCGACACUCACGUGCGCGAGCACCAAUUACCGUUUAUGCAACAUGCCGGAAGAGCCUUUUGGAUCUGAUGAAUUCGUCCCACCGCAAAUUUCUAGGAUCCAUGAUUGGCCCCCGUGGCGGCAUGGCAAUGACGACUGAAACGAGAGAGGCUAUUCUGCGCAAAGACAUGGGCGAUGUCUUGUUAUCGAUGCUGCGGCGUCAAGCAUCAGACCUGUUAGUGGAGCGUGCGAAUCAAAGUCCAGACUCUGUUGCCAGAUCCUUUCAGCGCUGUGACAACUGGGAAGACAUUGGCAAAGUAACGGCGAGAGGUUGCGUACUUUGGAUUCCUGGCUCGAAGGAUAAUGCGACGAACCCAUCCUACGCUACCUAUGAUAUUGAAGGGGCGCGCUACGACGGCAAGGUGGCAGUCCACGACCUCGUCUACCUUUUGGGCGAUGCACAGGUUUCCUGGCUUCGAAAGGCAGCGCCAGACACCUUUGGUGACGGCGGUAUUGUGGUGUUGCGACUGCAUCACAGCCGCCGUAUGGCCAAGAUACACAUGCUUCUGUGGAGGCUACAGGGCUACCUGGCCCCUCCUAUAGAUGAAACUGUGGCUGUUUAA